AUUUCGAAAUGGCGUUUGCAAGUUCAAUACAAAAAGGUCAAAUACCAGUUGGAUGUCAGUUAUGUGAAGAUGGAAAUAAGAUUAGAUGGAAAUGUAUCACAUGUGAAUCGCUCAUGUGUGACAAGUGUAAGGAUGGAGUCCAUCUAAAGAUUGGAAGAGAUCAUAAAAUACUUAGCAUGAAUGACAUAGGAAAACAAGAGGUGUCAAAGGACAAAAUAAUAUUCAGUGAAGUCAAAUGCGAGGAACAUUCUCAACAGUCUUGCUGUCUGUACUGCAAUACUUGUCAUAAACUUAUCUGUCCAAAGUGUAUCACUAAAGUUCAUAAUGGACAUUCGUUGAUUGAAGAAGAAGACUAUAAUACGCAUGAUGCAGUCGAAGAGGAAAUGGAGCCAAAACAGAAGAGUAAGAUAAAGUUUGAAAUAUCCAAAGUUUAUACAACAGAUCUAACUGAUAUUCACCAUAUAGCAGUAUGUUCUGAUGGUUCUAUGUGGAUGGCAGAUAAUGCCAGAUUAAAGUUACAACAUGUCAAACUUAGAGAGAAUAGAACUGAAGUAAUAACAAGUAUAAAUACUAAGAUUUAUGAAAUGGCAAAAACUCAUUCAAAUAACAUUCUUGUAACAACAGAUGAGACUAAACUCAAAUUAAUCAACACCGUGAUGGGGGAGAUGACAGAUUCCAGGUAUGAUGUAAAACCAUUGUAUCCAAGAGCUAUCCAUGUGACCCGUGAUCACAGAGUCAUCAUUGGAGCCCGGUCUCCAGGAGAACCAUUCCCUGCCACAGGAAGACGUGUAGUGGUGGUCAUGGACCAGGAAGGAAAAGAACUACAGGAAUAUGAACAUGACAAAAAUAACAAACGUGUAUUUACUGUACCUAGAUUUAUAACAAGUACCAGUCAUGGUAAUAUUUGUGUAGUGGAUUGGUUAGAUAGUUAUCACAGAGGUAGAGUGGUAGCGUUAGCACCAGGAGGAGACAUACUAGGGAUCUACACUGGUCACCCUGAGGUCAACACUGAUAACAAUCCAUUUAAACCUCGUGGAAUACUCACAACACCAUCAGAUAUUAUUGUUGUUAUUGAUUUGGACAAUCGUUCAUUGCAUAUACUGACUGACCAGGGACAAAUUAUGAACUACUACAACUUUGCUGACAUGCGAAUCAUAUUUCCAUACUCUCUUGCCCUGUCUACGACAGGAACUAUCUUUAUAGGAUGUGUUAGUGUUGCACGAAGUUCAAACACUAGAAAGGCAAAACUUUAUGAGUUAAACUAUUCUGGAUUCUAGUUAUUUCCCUUGUACAUAAGGACCUAUCAAUAUUAUAUGGGAUGCAUUAAUGAUAGCAUGAGUUUGAUUAGACUGGACUCGAAUAAUUUAUUAGAAUUAA